AACACAAAAACCAGACGGAAGUUUCUCCGGACAGCCAUCGACAAGUGUUCUUCAGUGGAGCUUCUCCGGUCCCUCCCCGCCCCGAACCGCCGGGCAAUUCCCAGCCAUUUGAAGCGUCAAGUUCUUCACUUUCGAUUCAAACCACUGGUCCAUUUUCAUGGGUUCUCUUGCUCUUAGCUCGCGGGACUUCUGUAGUCGCAGCAAAUGGUUCUGUCACCUCGCAUCGGUUCAAAACGACGAGAGGUUGGGUCGUCGGAGAGUGAGCUUCGACAGAGGUCGGAGUUCGGGUUUCACGGUCAGGGCAGUGGCCCAGAUCGAGCCCAAGUGUCGUGAUCAUGAUGAUCAGGUGGGAGACAGGGCUGUCGUGAUUUCUUGCAGUGAAGUCGGCAUCGCUGUGGGAUUGGAUGUUAGGGAAACGUCGAGGAGGAUGAAGAUUUCUAGGGCUAACAGAGGGAUCGUCCCCUGGAACAAAGGCAAGAAGCACAGUGCUGAGACCAUACAGAAGAUCAGGGAGAGGACGAGGAUUGCUAUGCAGAGUCCUAAGGUCAGGAUGAAAUUGGUUAACUUUGGGCAUAGACAAAGGUUGUAUCAUUGUGGCAACGAGACGAGAAUGAAAAUUGGGGCAGCUGUUCGAAUAGGGUGGAGAAGGCGCCGUGAAAAGAUGAAAGUGCAAGCGACAUGCUUCUAUGCUUGGCAGAAUUUGAUUGCAGAAGCUUCUAGAAAAGGCCUUUUUGUUGAGAAGGAGAUGAAAUGGAACUCGUACAACACCUUGGAUGAACAGCUUGAGAAGGAGUGGUUGGAGAGCAUUGAGCAAAGAAAAAGCAUGCCAAGGCUGAAAGGGGUCCAGCGAGCAUCAAAAUCCCCCGAGCAGAAAAGGAGAAUCGCCGAAGCUAUUGCUGCAAAAUGGGCUGAUCCUGAUUACCGUGAGAGAGUUUGUUCUGGAAUGGCUAAACAUCAUGGUACGGCUGUUGGAUCUGAAAGAAAGCCUCGGAGAAGGCCGGUUGGCAUAAUAAAGUCCACCAGGCAGAACUUGAAGAAGAAGACGAACGAAACAGAAAAUGCUUCAAGCACAGACAAUAUCAAGCGAUCGACUGUUCAGAGAAGCAACAAGCCUCUCUAUGAGGACCCUUUGGCAAGUUCAAAGUUGGAGAUGAUAAAGAACAUUAGAUCCCAGAGAAAAGCCGCGGAUUCUGAGAUUGCUGAAGCUGUUGAACGAGCUAGGCUAUUAAUAGCUCAAGCUGAGAAGGCAGCAGAAGCCCUUGAGUUCGCUGCUACGAGGAGUGCCACUGCACAAGCUUCCCUACUGGAAACAAGAAAGCUGAUAGCUGAAGCCAUUGAGCUGAUCGAAGCUGUAGAAAAAGGCGAGAUCUCAUCGAAUGAAAAUGUGUCACAUGGUCCAUCAGGAGGUGGCACUGGCUUAUCCGGCCGAGUCGGAUAUGAAAAGAUCAAGGGUUCAUUCGAGGAGCCAAGCCACAAAUGGACAGUCAAUGGGAGGCAAUCACUUGUCUCCGGUAAUGGUGUGGGCUUUGAUUUCAGCAAGUUUACAUUACAGAACGUGCUGAACUUGGACGGCCAAUUUACACUUUCAGGCUCAGGGGAGAUGGACAUGUCGCCAAAUGGGACCCAAGGAAGUUUAGACUCCGAUCAGGGAGAAGAAUCUCCGGGACCAGUCAGAGUAACCAAGAAGUGGGUUCGGGGGAGACUUGUAGAAGUUGUAGACGAGGCUUAAUUUCUGUACAUAACAUUCUGAGAUUUGCUUUUCUGCUGUAGCUUGCAGGAUAACAUGGAAAGUUAUACAAUCUUUGGCCUUAUAGCCAGCAAUAAUCCAAUCAAGGUCUCAGUUUUCUGAA